AUGGCGCGAGGACAUGAAUCUGAUGAUGAUGAUGAUGAUUUCCAGCGUAUUCCAAGAGAGCACCUGCAGUUCUUCGAUCCUGAUGAUGAAUUGCAGCUCCAUGGUUCGGAGACUCCUGGUAUGGUGCUUGUCAACACUCCUCUUAAUGGUAAAAAUUACUUGCUUUGGCGAAAUGCUAUGGUCACUGCCUUAGAGUCAAAAAAUAAGUUUGGAUUUGAUGAUGGUACAUGUGAAAUGUCGGAUGUUAGAUCUCCUUUGUUCAAGAAGUGGCGUUGUGUUAAUAGUAUGGUUCUCUCUUGGCUUAAAAAUGCUUUAGCCCCUGAACUUGCUGCUGAUUUUCAAUUUGUUAAUGAUGCUAAAGAAUUAUGGGACGAAUUAGCUCAUACAUAUGGUACUUGUAACUCUCCCAUGGUCUUUGAAUUGAAACGUGACAUUUCAUUAAUGCACCAAGGUGAUUUAACCAUACUCAGUAUUACAAAUCAGCAUCCAGUUGUCAAGCGCCAAGCCUACCUUGCUGAAACUCCUUUUGAUGAUAACUCUGAUGAAGUCACCAAGUUGCAGGAUCUUGUUAAUGCUGCGGUUCAACAGGAAGUCAAUCGACUCAUUAAAGGCAAAGGUACCACCAUUCUCUCUUUACUUAGUUCUGAUUAUACCGAUUCUAUUAGUGUAAGUGAUUGGAUUGAUGACACUCGUGCCACCUGCCAUAUGAGUUGUAGUAUUGACAAUAUGGUUAAUCUUCGCAAUGUUACUGUCUAUACUCCUGUUUUUCUUCCUGAUGGUAGCAUUAGAGAAGUUCACAAAAUAGGUGAAGUUGUUCUGUCCCCAUCUUUAACCCUUACAGGUUGUUUAUACAUCCCUUCCUUCAAACACAACUUGUUAUCCGUUGAGCAACUUGCUCAAUCUUUUUUGAUCUUUUUUUCCGAUACCUUUUGCUUACUGCAAGACCUUAAAUCAGGUCACGUUAUUGCAGCUGGUAAAGUGGUAUGA